ACCUCCCAACAUGGCGGCGCCCGUGCGGCUCUACCGGGGCCUGGGGCGGCAAUGGAGGGUCUUGCAACGGGGGCUCCAGCAGCCGCUAGCUAGGACGGAGAGCGGCAGCGCCCCCGCUGGGAAAAGCCGAUUGUACGAGCAUGUGCAAAAUGGGUGGACGGCGCGGCCCCGCCUGGACGUGGAGGCGCUGAGCGCGCGGCAGGAGGCGGCGGAACGGGAGCUGGAGAGGCGGAAGGGGCCCCUGGCGCCCGGGGAUCUGCGCCAGAUCCUUGCUACUUGGAAGAGGCUGGUUGAGGUGCAAGAGGAGAUCGCAAAACUCGAAGCAGAGAAAGCAGAAGUAGCUGAAAGCGUGAAAAAUCUUGUGAAAAGCCACAAGAAUACUACUUUGCAGUCGCUCCCUGCUUACAAGGCCUUGCGGGAGCGUGGGAGAGAGCUCCGCCUCCAGGUCAACGUCUUGCAACAUGAGGAAACAGAGUUGGAUGAACAGUACUACCUGAGUGCCCUCAAGCUGCCCAACAGGACCCACCCUGACGUGCCAGUCGGAGACGAGAGCCAAGCCCGGGUGGUGGAAGUCGUCGGCGAGAAACCAGCUUUUGACUUCAAGGCGAAAGGACACCUGGAAAUCGGGGAAAGUCUGGAUAUCAUACGGCAAAGGCGCCUGUCCCACAUCUCAGGCUACCGGUCGUACUAUCUCCGGGGCGCGGGGGCCCUCCUCCAGCAGGCCUUGGUGCAGUUCACUCUCAGCAAGCUGGUGAAAAAGGGCUUCAUUCCGAUGGUGGUCCCCGACCUACUCAAAGGAGCCGUCUUUGAAGGUUGCGGCAUGCUUCCUGAUGCCAGCUCCUCUGCGGUGUACAACAUAGACCCUUCUCGCUUCGAAGACCUGAGUCUGGCGGGCACCUCUGAGGUUGGAAUUGCAGGUUACUUCAUGGAUCAUGCCGUAAAUCUAGAAGACAUGCCGGUGGAAAUGUUUGGGGUUACAGCGAACGAGACCGGGGAGGAGAGCGCGGCCCUGCUGGAAGAAUUUCUAACUCUGCAGAAAGAGAUCUUCUCCGAGCUGGGGCUGCACUACAAGGUUCUGGAUAUGCCCACACAGGAACUGGGCCUGCCUGCCUAUAGGAAGUUCGACAUCGAGGCCUGGAUGCCGGGCCGGGGCGCGUACGGAGAGAUCUCCAGCGCCUCCAACUGCACGGACUACCAGAGCCGGCGGCUGAGCAUCAAGUACUACAACAGGGAGGGGCAGUUCCACUAUGCCCAUACGGUCAAUGGCACAGCCUGCGCCGUCCCGCGAAUGCUCAUUGCCCUCCUCGAGUCCAACCAACGCAAGGAUGGCAGCGUCCAGGUGCCGGAGGUCCUGCAGCCGCUGAUGGGCACGGAGAUCAUCGGCAAACCUGGCUACACCCCGCUGAAGUACAUCGGCCCAAACCAGCCCAAGAAGCACUGACUGGGCGGCCAGAAAACCCGGGGUGGGGGGGGAGGUGUGCUGGAAGAGGGCGGAGAGGGCUGGGGGACACACACACCCCGAGAUCCAGCCUGAGUGGGGGGCAAGGGGGACAGCUGGCCCUGGGGCGAGAGCGGCGUCACUGCUGGGGGAGGGUUGCUGUCUGGUGACAGACGCGGGGAAGCCUUCAGUGUUGGCCGCAAACUGACCUCCUCACGCCUCCCUCUGCGUCAGACACACGGCUGGGGAGGGGGCCGGCGGACUCCUGUGCCUCCGGCACGUCGCGAUUUGGAGACCUGACCUCCAUCCCGAGGUGGGGGAAGUCUGAGACGCCCCGAGAUCUUCCAGGAGAGCCAGGUUCCCUGUGUCGCGUGCCGGACCCAACCCACGAUUGUAUGUGUGCUGGGAAGGGGGGGUUCCGGUUUCCCUUCCCUGCUGCUCCCGAACUGUUAGCCCCUCUCCCGAAUGAGCUGAGAUCUGGCUUUUGUCCUCUGUGUUGUCCUCUUAAAACACCCUCCC